UGUCUGAAUACUUAUUAAACGACAGCCAGAGCCACCACCUAUGAGAGGCUGGAAGCAACGGUGCCGCCGGAGAUGGAGACGGAAAAGGAGGCGGCAGCGGCGAGGCAGGCGAAGGAGUCCCUGGAGCUGGCGUUCCAGAUGUCCCAGAUCCUCGAAACCGGCCUCGACCGCCACACCCUGUCGCUGCUCAUGGCGCUCUGCGACCGCGGCGCCAACCCCGAGGCCCUGGCCGCCCUCGUCCGCGAACUCUCCUCCACUGCUCCCCCAACCGCCGCCGAGGCUCCCUCCCCCGUGAGCAACGCCGCCGCGGGGCCGGCCCCGGCAACAGCGUCCAUGUUCUCCUCCGGCCUUCGCCGUCCCUAGGGUUUGUGAUGUCCCUUUUUUCGCCGGUGCCGCUAAAGUCUGAAUGGAACCGGUGUAGUUUUGGAGGCAAGAGCAGAUCUCGCUGCUGGAAUCUUUACAAUUCCACGUGCGUUGCUGUGGGUGUUGUUUCGACAGAUAUCCACGUAUACCUUCGCAGGACUUGUGCCGGUCAGCAGCUGUAAUAAUCCCGAUGAUUGAGGAGUCAUUGUCCCUUUACCCCCCCCCCCCCCCCCCCCCCCAUCGCUGUACUGCUUCCAUCAGUUGUAUGUAUCAGUUUCACGCCCGGGUCUUUCGUUAAUUAUAUCCUCACUUUGAUGACAGCACACACCCUUUUUGCACUUGCAUGUGUUGCUUAGCCUAAGAGGGAAUGUGUCAUGUCUAUCAGUGACAUCUUU